GGUUUUUAAAAAAUGUGAAUACUAUUACUGUUUUUUUCUUUGGAUUUCCAAGGCAAAAUAGUUAAGAAAAGACCAAAGGAAAAUAGUUUUGAUUUUCGUCCAUCACGCAUUAAUUACGGAUAAUUAUUAUAUUAAGAAGGAAAAAAAAAAACAAAAAAAAGCAGAAGUGAUAUUAAAGUGCUUUUGAGCUGUCUCGUAGAAACCAUGAAACCUUAAUAAAAGCAACCUUGUCUUCAACAUUCUCCAUCUUCCUCCUCACUUAAUCCCCAAGUUCACACUUCAAAUCCACUCUUUCUAUUUCUCUCCUUCUUCUUCUAUGUCUCGCCUCCUCCCUCCUCAUCUCUCCGUCAACCUUCCUACCAUGGAGAAAACUACUUCUUCCGAGUUAACCCCAACUCGACUCGGUUUUCCUAACGAGUUCCCUUACGAGUUCGACUCUCCUUCCUUCUCCCCUGGUUUCACUUCUCCCGGUGACUCCACUGAGACGGAAGACGAAAGCAGUGAUGACGAGGAAGACUUCCUCGCUGGGUUAACUCGCCGACUCGCUCCUUCGACUCAGCGUCUUCCUUCCCCUCUCUUCAAGUCUGAGGAGAAACGUCAAGUUGCAGCUACUUCACCACAGUCAACACUGAGUGGACUCGGAAGCUUUUCAAACUCAGGAAGUAGAAGCCCUAUCCUUCCAUCUCCACCGGCUCCUACGUCAUCAUUUCGUAGAGACAACGCGUGGGAUGUGAUUUCUGCGGCUGCUGGAGAAGUCGCUAGACUUAAGCUCGGAAGCUACGAGCCUCAUCACCUUCCCCUUCAAACCCCUGAGUCUCUUCUCCGCCGUCAAAACGCUGCCAUACAUGCUGAACUCCAACACCAGCGUCUCAUCGAACAGAUGUGGCUCUGCUCUGCUCAGUCAAGAUUCAAGCUCUCAGAGAAUCGUAUCCCAAGGAGAGUAGUUAAUGAAGAAGGCUUAUUUGAGAAUCCGAGAUACGUGAGACGCAACAAUCCUACGUGGUUGCCUCCGCAACAAGCCGCAGCUCCUUUGAAACGUCCUUCUGCUGGAACCGGUGUUUUUCUUCCCCGGCGAUACCCAUCGGCCGCCCCUUCCGAUUCCCUGAAAACACCAGUCAACACUCCAGCUAUGUUGCAGCCUAAAGUGAAACCUCAAAAUCUCAACUUUGAUGAGUUCACCAAUAUUGUUGGGCCAAGGCGUAGCCAAUUCGAUUACGAGUGCAUGUUGGCGAGAAGUACAGUACUUGCUCGUCAGGGAAAUUUCAGAGCAGUUAGUGGUGGUGGUCUUCCACAGGAUUGGAUGUACUGAUGUUGUUGGAGUUUUAGCUGUUGUUUUUGUCUUACAAGUUCGAAAUUCGGAAGGAGCGUCUUAGUUUAGAAGGUGGUUCGGUUUAGGUUAUAGUUGAACUAGUGAAGUUUGCGUUCUGGUUAGUAAUAAGGAUUUGAAUUAUAAGAAUAAAUUUAGGGGGAUAUUCAAGUUUGUAUUAAUAAAUAUAUAUAUAUAUAUAUAUAUUUAUGUAUUUUUAGUUACUAAGACCAAGCUCUCUGUAAUUUUUUUGUUGACCUUGGGAGGGUUUUUAAGGAGUGGAGUGGGGAAAUUGAAAAUUUGUUGGGUGGGAUUUGUUAUUUGUGAUACAUAAAUAGUGUUUUCUGCUAUUUUUGGUAAAAUCUAAUGGGUCUGUAGUAAAAACAUCGGAAUUAUUUUGUUUGUUUAUUAAUAAUUAAUUAUUGAUAUCUUUAGUUCUCUUUAAGUACUACUUCGAUUUACGUACCUUUGAGUUGUGAUUGCGCAAAGUUACGGCUUGUGACGUGUACUCGUUGAAAUUUUGAAAAAAGAACAGUGGUUACAGUUUCAAUGAACUACUAUAGUGUUGUACUUCGAUUAUUGGGAUCAAAUCAAACGUGUAGAUACGUUAUAGUUUUUGAAAAAACAAAGAUGCAUAAUGACUUGUAAACAUGGAAAAAGCAAAAGGAAAGAGGAAAAGAAGAUCUGGAAAGAAAAGAAAGAGAAAAAAAGAAGCCAAAAGGGUUGCGUAGGCGUGAAGCAGUGGGCAAUGCACAGACUUUGAAAUACGGAACAACUUUUUUUCUUUCUUUCAAUUCUGAUAUAUUAUUAUCGUGUACUGUAUUUGGUUGGAUAUGUAGAUUGUGUAUGUCCCUAUAAUUUACUACAUGAAUUCUGCUUUUUUAUCUGAUCUAAAACUUUAUACGGUUCUACAAAUCUU